CAGGUUUAGGACCUGGUGAAGGUUGACACAGAGGCAGAUAACAACUGUGGAUGUAUAAGCAGGAUUAAAGUUCAUGGUACGAGUGGGAUCAGUGGAGGUGGUGCAGUGGAGGAGCAGAGUGUUUCUGAAGCAACAGCGCCCCCUGCUGAGGAGGCUUUACUACUACAGUCUAAAUAACAGCGUCCUUGAAGACCUUGAAUCAAUCCUCGCUUCGUCAGUUUACAGAACUGAAGCUUUUUACUAGACGAAGCACUUCCAGUGGCAGAGAGGGCUGUGAUAAGGACUACAGGAACAGCGACUCCUACCAUUGUGUACUCCAGAUACACUCUGAGUUUAAAGGAACCGUAUCGUUUGGAAACACAACUACGAUGUCAAAAUGUAUUUCCCAGCAGUCCUCGGUGCUGUGAUCUGAUUGGCCGGUCGGAUUCACCUCUGGCAGAUAAACCCCGGCUGGGACGCGACUCAGAUUCACUCGAUGCUGAAAUCUCAGGACGAUGAAGCUGCUGUGUGGAGUAACUCUGGUUCUGGCCGUGGCGUAUUACAUCUACAUCCCGUUACCCGCGGGCGUCGGCGAGCCCUGGAAGCUCAUGCUGGUGGGGGCCACGUUUCGUACCGUCACUAAUCUGGCAGACGUCACACACUCCGUGGGUCUCACCCAUCACAUUCACACCAUUAACCUCGUCAUCUCCAGCUUCGAGUGGAUGGUGCCGCCCGACUACGAGGAGGUUCGAACCCUGGACACCGAGUUCAGCGGCGUGCAUGUGCGAGUGUACCAGCCUGAAGCGACGCAGAGUGGGUCACUGAGGAGGGGCGUGGUGUUCAUCCACGGGGGCGGAUGGGCCCUCGGGACACCCAAGUUGGGUUCUUAUGAUCUGCUGUGCAAGAAAAUGGCGGCCAAACUGGACGCAGUGGUGGUGACAGUCGAUUACCGUAUGGCCCCUGACGUACGUUUUCCGGUUCAGUAUGAGGAGUGUGUACGAGCGUCUCGUUACUUCCUGCAGCGUGAGGUGUUGGCGCAGUUUUCGGUGGACCCCGGGCGCGUCGCUGUCUGUGGCGACAGUGCAGGAGGGAACCUCGCCGCCGCCGUGGCACAGCGGAUUAACCAGGACCGUACCGGUGGCGUGAUGGACGACACGACUGAUAAGAAUAACAUCAGCGGCCUGAAGAACGACAGCGGUGUGAAGUUUAAGCUGCAGGUCCUGAUCUACCCCGUCCUCCAGGCUUUGGACUUCAACACCGCAUCCUACCAGCAGAACCAGGGCAUCCCGAUCCUCUACCGCCCCCUGAUGGCCCAUUACUGGCUCGAGUACCUGGGUGCCGAUCCAGACCUGAUCCACACCGUCCUCCUGAACAACCACACGGCGCUGGACCAGACCCGCGUGGAGCCGCACCGAGCCAAGCUGGACUGGACCGUGAUGAUCCCGGAGCGCGUGCGCAAACACUACCGGCGGGUGUUCCCCGGCACCGGCUCGCCCUCCGUCCUGGAGAAGGUUCCGGCGCUGCUGGAUGUGCGUGCUGCUCCGCUGCUGGCCGAACAGAAAGCGUUGAGGGCGCUGCCGCGGGCGUAUAUCAUGACCUGCGAGCACGACGUGCUCAGGGACGACGGGAUGAUGUACGCGCGGAGGUUAGAGCUCGCCGGCGUUUCCGUCACGCACCGGCACUACGAGGACGGCUUCCACGGCUGCAUCAGCUUCGCCUUCUGGCCGGCGUACUUCUCGGUGGGAAUCCGAGCCAUAGACGACUACAUCGCGUGGCUCCACGCAAACCUGUAGAUCAACCGGCGUCCACAUACUUCUGCACCUGAUUCCGCUCAGCAUUCCAGGUUCUGUUGGAGCACCAUAAACACAAAGCACUGUGACCUUCAACAAACCCGUUUCAGGUUCACGGCUCCACACGUAACCUAAAUAAGUCAAAAUAUUAAAAUAUUAAAACAUUUCAAACAA